AUGAAAGAACGAGAAAGAUCACUCCUUCCCACUAGUUCAUUCCCUAGUGAAUUUCUAUCUGUCGAUCUCACCCGAUCCUUCAUAAGUAUUGAAACCAUCAUUGAACAAGUAUCGUCCAAUCGUGGUGGUGUUUUGUAUUUUGAUCCGAUCAUAAUGGAUCGUCUUUCAUUGUAUACUCAUCAGGCUAUGAUACUUGUCUUGUUAAAUUUAAAACCAUUCCUAGUAUUGAAGGAUGAAGAAAAAUAUGGUGAAAUAAUGUAUGAUUAUGGAGUAAAGAGAAUGAUGGAAAUGGAGAAUAGAUAUGUGAGAAUGGUGGAAGGUGCUAAGGAGAAUGAAUCACUAUUGGCUAGAGAUUUGAAAACUAAGAAUUCUAAUUUGAUGGAUGCAUUAUUUGAGACUGUUGACAGGUUUUUAUUAGGAGAGUUGUCAGUUUAUGCCAAGAAUGCAGUAUUGAGAGAAAGGAUAUAUCUAAGUGAGAAAAUUGGCAAAUUACAUGAUUACUUGGAAACGUUUUUUCAAAUUACCGACAAUUCAAUGAACAUGCUUACUUUAUCAAGACAUAUUUAUCGAAUUUUUGAAUAUUUAAAUGCUGAAAUUAUAGAACUUACAUUGAAUGCAGUUAACAAUAGUAUAUGUACGUUGGAAUGUAUGACGGCUGCGAUUCAUACCGAUCCUGAACUUGUGGGAACGUUUCACUUUCGCUGCAUUGGCUAUUUUUCUCCACUUUGCUUGGAUUUAUCUGAUUUGUCUGAAUUUUCUAUUGAUGGCUUAAUGCCAUCAAUUAAUUUGCAAUCUGUGGAAAGUAAUGAACCAUCCCAACAGGAAGAAGAGCAAUUGGAGUCAAGUACAAAGAAAAGAAAAUUGGAUCCCGAAUGGUUUUUAAUGAGAAGCAUUCCUUUUGAACUUCAUGAAGAGUUGGUGAAGCAUUUUGACACUUUAGAGACAAUUCUAAGAAUGAGGCUCGUUUGUAAAUAUUGGAACUACUUGAUAGUCAAAAAUCCUUCAAUUUGGAAAUAUCUGACUUAUUACACACUCAAAAAUAACCCACUGUUUCAUCAAUAUUCGAUGAUAGCUAAUGAAAUUCUAGCUAACGAUUCAUAUUUCUUCUCUGCAUACGGACACAAGAUAGUUCGAAAGGAAACUAAUUGGUUUGAUAUUUUCAAGAUUAGAUUCUAUCACUAUUUGAAAAUAGCUAAUUUUAUUCUAAAUAAGCCGUACUCGCUUGAGUUUAAAGAAGUUGCAGAUCUUGCCAAACCUAUCAUGAAAGAGACUUUUCACUUCUGCUUGAUUUACAACACCUUUUCAACAUUUUCCUACCGAAUUUUUCACAGAAUUUUCAAAUUAGACGAAAAGGAGGGCUAUACACUAUCAUGUUUCAUUGACUGUAGAACACUUUCAGGGUUAUUGACCUCCUAUUUGUUCCCAUCAACAGGUGGAAUUGCUUUUUACUCAAAUUAUGAUUACACUGAAUGUUUGGUUGAGUACUAUGAAGAAAUGCCGACGUCGAAAUUUGAAAUAACUCCAAAGAUGAUUGAAACUUGUUGUUUUUCUUUUGAUUUCCCAAAUAGAAUCAACCAUAUUGUUGAAUAUUUACCUGAUGAGAAAAAUCUAUUUACCAUUCUUUCUGACAAUAUAAGUAGUGAUAAUGCUUUCAUUGGGUGCCCAAUUACAAAACCCCUAUUAGAAAAAGGAUGUUCAAAAGAGAAUGACAUUCUACUCUUGGUUCAUCUUGAUGGUAAAAGCAUGCUAAACUAUGUCAUUUCAAAGAAAGCUCUACAACAACGAGAAUAUAAUCAAUGCAGACUCUACCAUAUCAAAUAUUCAAAUCAACAACUCCUGGAGGAAGUGAUAGACCCCGAUUAUUGUGAAAGAUAG